UAAAAUGGGAAUAGGAGUUAAUGAUUUGAGCAGCAAAAUUUAAGUGCAAGAGUUAAAAGAGACAACGACGGUUGAUCAAACUCAAACUUGAGCGCCGUGCUGGCGGGAGCACAUUACUAUGACUUUUGUUCUUCAACUAUAUACACCUAUCCAUUCCAUCUUUUUUCAACAUCUGUUUUUCAUUUUAAAAAUCAGAGAAAUCAUUUUCCUCGUUUCAAUGCUUUCGCUGCCAAAUCGUAAUUGAAAAGGACCACCAACUCCCUUCUUGUUUUCUUCUCUCUUCUCUGUUAUCAUGGCAUUCAACUCCUCCCUACGAUCCUCCAACUUCUGCAAUCCAAAAGCUGCUUUUUUGGAGGAUAGAUUACAAUCUCAAGUUUAAUUCACAUUGCGCAUCAAAGAUUAAUAAUGUGAAGGAGGUUGAGAGGCAUAGGCUAGAGAAGAAUGGCCCACCAUUGCAGUUUCUCCAUGGAGCUUCUUCACAAGCAUUUCAGUCGAAAUGGAUCCCUCCCAGAGCAGUAUCUCAGAUGGCAUCCGUGUCUGGCUCUAGUUUUGAGGAUGAUUGUUCUGUGUUCGAAACUCAAUGUAGCCAAGCGGAGUUCAAUCGCGUUAGAUUAUCUUGUUCGGGUGCUACAUGAAUCUUCUAGAAGCUUCUCCCUUGCAAUGCAGACUCUUGAAUUGGCUAGAACCGGAUCACCACUUGCAAUGGCGUGGAACGGAGUGGAUGUGCACGCUUGGCAUAAACACAUUGCUUAUCAGGCUGCAGCUUAUGCAUUGCUCAAAGCAGCUAUGGAAGUGGAACUGUUUCUCUCUCACAAUCGCUCCAACAAUUCCCCCGUGAAUGAGAUUCUGUCUCCGAGUAUAGACUUACUUCAAGGCCGCAUUGAGAGUCAGUUAAACACAAGGGACCCGAAACUGGUACAAUGGUUUCGAGUGGUGGAGCUCCCACGCAUUGACGGAUGCUUUAUGCCUUUAUUCAAGAAAUGGUCAGCAGAAUACGCUGGAAGUGGUAUUGCAGGAACGAUCAUGGCCAUCACAUGCUGUGCCGCUGUUGGAAAGUUGGGUUCUGGUCGGAUUUCGUGCUCCUCGUUAUCAGAUUCAAUCGACCAAACACUGAUAGAACUUAUGACCAUGGCAAGCAAUUUAGUUUCUCUUGACAAACUGCACUGCUUGGCAACUGAGGCUGGGUUCGAGGAGGAUUUCCUGUCUCAUUUCGGGAGUAGAGUUCUCCCGAGUAAGAAUAGCUGAAGACAUAGAAUUUUGGAUUGGAUUGGUUCAUAGAAAACUCUCUGUAGCGCUAGAAAGAGAGAGUGUUAUCAAGGGCAGACAUGAUCUUUCCAACAAGGUUGAAGAGCAAACUUUGGCUACUCUGGCACUGUUUUUGUAUCUAGGAAGAGAAUCGCGGUUAUUCUUGUCGAGGCACAACAUAAAGGAUACUGAUGAACAGAUUAAUGAUUUCAUAAGUUACUUAGAGUGCGGUAUCCUCUCUAUAUAUCCAGAAUUCUCGACGCUGUCAGUCUAUCAGCUCUUGAUGGAGGUGAUAAUCGAUGAGAUCAGGUGGCUCGACUUAUUUGCUGCGUACGACUGCCAGUUUUUCCAAGAAGGGAGGAGAUCUAAGAGCCAGCCGAUUCAGGCGGAGAAGGAAAUCAUCUUAUACACAGUUUUCACCAUAUGCUAUGAUGUGAUCUCGGGAUUUGCUCACUACACCAGCUCAACACAGCAAACUCUAGAUUCUCGUUUGUUGGAAUUCUUGCUAAAGAGUCAGGGCCUGCUAACAGCAUGUCUGGAGGACUACUGGGCUGCUUAUGAUCGAACGAGUGACCUCCUAAAGAUAGGGGAAAGAAAUGUAUCCGACUCUGCACCGUCUCUCUUUUUCAAGAGCACGAAGAAUGCUUCUUUGAUAAUGGAUGCAUUGCAGACAGACAGAGAGAGACACAAGCAAGCAUCUCCACAGAAACAGGCUCCCAGCUCGUCUGGUAAUCAAACUGAGACGUCGCUUGAUUGUGGUCGGAGGAAACAGAAUUUUCUCAGCAAGUCUGCGAUGAAGCUUGUGACUGCAAGUGUUGAUGUGUGGAUGGGAACUCAGCUGCUCUUCGUAGACGUAUCAGAUGCUCUGAGAUUCACGGUGCAGAGAUUAUGCGGGCGUAAGGCCACCAAGAGAGAGAGGCAGAAGCUUAAUAGGACUCUUUGUGACCUUGCCACUCUUAUCCCUGUCACAAUACUAAUGUUACUUCCUGUUUCUGCAGUAGGGCAUGCAGCCAUGUUUGCUGCAAUCAAGAGAUAUGUUCCGUGCCUGAUUCCUUCUCCCUACUCGGAUGAACGGCUGGACUUAGUGAGGCAACUCAAGAGGACGAAGAUGGAAGUCGAGCGCGUUAAUGUUGAAGAGGCUAACCCUAAAGUUUGAUGAUCAAGACAUACACGGCACAGAGUGAAUAUUGGUUGGUUUUGUGCAGUGAAAAGCUAACAUUUGUUGUAUAUAUGUAGAGCCAAUAGUUGAAGGAAUACUAGUUUGUUUUUAGGCUUUGUUUCUACAAAGAAAUGUAUAGGGUAACUAGUUUCCUACCUGUUGCUUUGUAUGCCUCAUUUUCACUCCCAUUCUGCUAACUUGAAUCCACAUUCUUUAUUCUUGGGCUUUCCA